AUGUCUCCGACCCCAAACGAUGUGCCGCAAACCCCAGAAAGAAGGUCCUCUUCCUCGGCACUCUUCGGCGCAUUUAGAAACCUCACCGGCGGCCGGAUCAAGACGCCCGCGAUAUCUGCCGCAGUCAUAACACCGGCACCGCCCAAACUCGUACGGCACGAGAGCAGCUCGAGGCUGAAGACUAUCGCGCGGAACAAUCACAUCGACGUCACCGAAGGCCGUGCUGAGCCGGACGCUGGACUGGCGGCAGGGCGGACGGCUAUACCCUCAUCUUUCGGAGAUGUACUUGGUGGACCGCCUGAACUGGGACCAUUGUUGCAGCAACUGCAUCCAGACUGUCCUCUAGCCGAAAGGAUAGGAGCGAUCGAUCGCAUAUGUCCGAUACUAGAGGCUUAUCCUAUCACCAAUGUGCUGGCGAUCUGGACCACCGCGCAGGAUCUUGCGGACCGCGAAGGACAUGCCGAUGCAACACGCGCGGUCUACAGGCUUCUCAAAAGCUGCGUGCAGCUCCCCGACCUCUCUUCUGUGGAACGUAGUGCCUUCUUCAAAGCAGUGGCGGCCAACCAAAACGACGCAGAUUUCGAUACUCGCUUCGAGAUACUGCUCGCUCUAACUGUUAAUGGACGGAACGUUGAGGCUUUUGAGGCUCUGCCUUCCAACACUCUUGCAAAGACCCUGUGGCGACGGUUUAAAAUCGUCGCUGACGCUCGUAAGGCGAAGAAGAAAUCUAAAGCUGACGUCGACCUCGAUACCUUGGAAAAGGGCCUCGCUCGGCUUUUCCAGUAUGUAGUCGAUGUCGUGAAGUUCAAUGCCAGGUUGUUUCAGGAGCAUGAUGUGGAGUUCUUAUUGGAGGUGAGCAACUCCAUCUGCAGGCAGACUAUCAGCGAAGCGGACAUUAUCAAUUGCGUCAACGUCUUCAAUGCCCUCAUCACCUACACACAAAUACCACGGCGCUCUCUGAAAUCCUGUCUUGAGACGUUGUGCGAUGUCUAUCGCCAGCUGCCAAGCUGCCAAAAGCAAACUUGGGCGGCGCUCAGUCAUCUCCUGACUUCCCACAUGGGUCAAUAUGCAGUUGUUGUACUGCUAAAUGUUCUGUCAGAGGAGCCGCACGCAGAGAAACCGAGGAGAAACAUAGUCAGAGGCGCCCUUCAUGCUCUGCAAAGUCUUUUGCUCGCCAAGGGUGCAGACAAUCUGCCGAGGGUUUCGCUCUCGCUACUGCUUCCGGCACUCAAGGGUCCGCUACUCAUGCGAUACCACAAAAUAGAAGCAGAAAUACUACAGCUACUAACCGUUAUCCUGAGGGACGCUGACCUAUCGCUGCUGUUGCUAGAGGAGGAUGAUUGGACCGCCUUCGUUGAAAUUGUGGACGAAUGUGCUCGGGCGUUGAACGCAAAGGAACCUCUAGAAAAGGAUAUGCAGCCUGGAGCUGUGCCACCGGACGCAUCGCUGAUGUUGGCCAGCAACAACGAUGGCGACCCGGUUAAUCAUCUUGGGGAUCUAGCCCAAAUAAUCCAGGACCUGGACGCUAUCAUCCCUGCCAUGGACUUCAUUCAGAAAGCGGCAGUUAUGGAUCUCUUCAGACGGUUAGGCAGUCAGCUGGAUGAGACCAUAGCCAGCAGGCUGAUCAACUAUUAUGCCGAAGAGCGCUUACUUCAUCCGUCGAACGACGGCUGGCUUGUUGCGUGUCGAGAUCUGCUGGCUGUGUUUUUCAGCGACAAGGAGCGCACUCCACGGUUCCGUAUCCUGGUGUUGAACACCCUUGUCGAUGCAUAUUUCGCAGUGGAGAGCGUCAGCGAGACUAGCACUGUCGCCGAGUUCGCGAUCAUGAUGCUCGAGGCCAUUUCGAACGAAGAUGAUCCCAAAGUUCUGGAGGUCCUUGGUAACUUCGCGCUUACCGUCGCAAGGUGGGCACCGGGGCCGCUGUUUGAUCGUAUACUCGACCUGUUCCGCAGUGUGCUCCUGAGACGAAGCAGUAAUUCAAUCGAGUCGCCCGCUUUGAACUACUGGUCACCGUCAUCCUCGCGUGCGCCUACUGAGCAGCAAGACCCGGGCUCACCUUCCAAUGUGCUGACGUUAUGUCUGGUGAGAUUGUUCAUUCGAACUGUCAGCGUCUCAGCGUACAAGGCGCAAAUGAUCUUUGAGCUGCUACUACGUGUUGCGAAAGCCGACUUCUGUGCCAUAGAUGCUCGCAUCAGCGCACUCAAGCUCCUCUUCCGCUUGCGCAGCGAUACCAAUCAGGCGAUCCUAGUCACCCCAUCGUCGGAGGGUGAGAGUAUCGCCGCUGUAUUGUGCCGCACAGUAGAAACAGCAGCUGGCAACUAUGCUGUUGAGGACUACGGCCAACACAGGCAAUCCCGCGCCGAUGAUCAAUCGUCCUCACGGGACAGCAGAGCUACAUCCGCAGCUAGUCCGCACACUGCCUCCACGAAGCCGGUACAUCGUGUCAUUAGCGGGCCUAUCAGGAUGGUAAGGCCUGUUCCGCCAAUCUGGAUGUACGGCGGUGCAAGGGGCCUGCCGGAAGAACCGUGUGCCACAGCCAGCCCUUUUCUGUACUCUCAUCUUAGUCUUCCAGACAACGAUCCGUCGAACACUCGGGAAGAGCUGAACAUCGGCCUCUGGAUUGACUUCCUGAUCUCUAUUCUCCAGCAUGGAGCCGAUUGGGAAAUCUACAGCUAUCUUUUGGUUCACCUCGGUGCUCAACUCACAAAUCAAUCCCUCUUCAGAGGGGUAAUCCAGGCCAUUAGGAUUCUAAGAAACCUGCUCUGUGACCAGAUCAAGACCGCAAGCUUUUAUGAGCCACCUGCAUCUACGUCAUUGAAGAAGGCUGAUGUUGCCGUAUGCCUGUUCCAUAUCCUUACCAUGCUCAUCAGCUACAAUCCGCACUUCGACAAGUCUGAAGAGGACGACAUGGUCAGGACGUUCCAUCUAGGUAUAGGCUCUUGGGACAGAACCUCCAAGUGGUGUAUCCACGCGCUUACGGUAUGCUGUCAUGAGCUUCCGCUGUCUACUAGUAAGUGUUUGGACAGCAUCAUGCAGAAGAUGUCUCAGAUCGUUACGCAAUCCCAGAACGCCAUUCAUAUUCUCGAAUUUCUGGCCGGUUUGUCUCGUAUGUCAGAUCUAUACAAGAACUUCCGCGAGGAUGACUUCAAAAUGGUCUUUGGCGUCUGUUUCCGCUACCUGCAGUCAGUCCGGGAUCAGCGCGACAGAGUAUCAAACCAGGCUUUUUCGCAGCAUGCCCUAGGAAGUCUGAGACAUAGCGGGCCCUCGAGGGAUCUCGCUGCAGCAUCCAGACAUGACUCCAAAAUCUCGACCAGGUCGGCCACCGAAGAUCUUCCGCAAUAUGUCCAUGCGCUCGCGUUUCAUGUCAUCGUUUUCUGGUUUAUGGCUUUGAAGCUUCAAGAUCGUCAGAAGUACAAGGAUUGGAUUGCCAAAAACCUUACCUAUACCGAUUCUGCUGGCCGGGAGAUUGUCGACGAUUACAGUUUAGUCACAAUGGACAUGAUGUAUAGAGUCGCUUGGUCUGAUCGUGACGAAACAGCCGCUGAUGCAGAGUUCGCUAAGCCCUCAGAUGGAGAAAUCCGUGCGAAGUCUUGGGUGAUUGGGUUAAGUCUUGUAACGAUCGAGACUGCAGCCCGGACGGGUAUCUCCCACAUCACCCAUCGACGACCGACCAGCACAAAGUACUCCAUUUACAGGCCACUAUUGAACGACCCACCGCGACAUCAAGUACCUCUCACAACAGGCCUCGCAGCUGAAGAGUUCUACAAGUCAACAUAUGUCGGCAUCUUACCGGACGCAAUACUUCAAGAACUCUACUCCUCCCAAAGCUUGGUUUCGACAUACGGGGCAGGCACCAAGCCACCAAUACCCCUGCCAGACGACGAACAGACGCGACGCGCCAUAACCAUGUUCGACCACAUUCCUACCGUUGACGGCCACAAAGUCGGCGUCCUCUUCAUUGGCGACGGCCAGAAAACCGAAGCCGAAGUCUUCGCCAACGUCAUGGGAUCCUCGGACUACACCGCCUUCGUUGGCGAUCUUGGCUCUCUGAUGCGGCUCAAAAACGCCAAAUUCAACACACAAGGCCUAGAUCGGCAAAACAAUGACGACGGCGAGUUCACCUACUGCUGGCGCGACCGCGUCACCGAGAUCGUCUUCCACAUCCCCACCAUCAUGCCCACAGACCCCAACACCGAGUUCCUGAUCCGCAAGAAAAGCCACAUCGGGAACGACUACGUCAACAUCAUCUUCAAUAAUUCGGGUCUCCCUUUCAACUUCAACAUGUUCCCCUCCGCCUUCAACUACGUCUACAUCGUCAUCACGCCCGAGGCGCGGGCUUCUUUCGUCGAGACCAGGUCGGCCUCGUACGACGGUAAAGAUCUGUUCUACAAGGUCCAGGUCAUGGUCGCUCCGGGCUUCCCGGAGAUCUCCCCGGCCGCGGAACCGAAGAUCAUCAGCGGCAAGAGCUUGCCGAACUACGUCCGCCUUAUCGCGCUCAAUGCGUCCGUCUUUAGCCUCGUCUGGCAGAACCGCGCGAAUGGCGAGUAUCCCUCCUCGUGGUGCGCGCGGCUGCGGCAGAUUCGGAGACUAAAAGAGAGGCAUGAAAGCCAGCAAGGGCCACCGCUGGCGAUAUCAAUGCCUUCGUCAGGUGGUGGGGGUCAAAUCGCUUCAGGGCCGCUGGCGGUCACGAGCCCCGGGACGAGGGAGAGCGGAGGCGUGUUUAAGAGGACGAGCAUUGCGACUUUUGUGAGCGAGGCGACCAGCAGGAGUAGUACGCUCAGCGGGUCCACGGAGACGGAGAAGCAGGCGUCGGAUCAUUCUAGGGGUUGA